UACUUUGGUAUCUUUUUUAGUUGUAUUAUUUAUUCACACGUUCAGGAAUGAUGAGGGAUUUAAAUAAAUGUUCACGUGUCGCCCCCUGCUGCUCAUGCGGUGAACCGAGCGGAGUGUCUUGCGCUGUUGUCAUGGACACGGAGUCACGCGCAUGCGCACUGGCAGACGUCCAGCAGCGCCGUCAUGUUCGCAGGAGCUGCUAAGAUCAACGGGGACGAAUUUCAACUCGAAAACCUUCAUUUCAGCGACAUGAAACUAACACGUAAACUCGUUCUGGCUCGAGCGAAAGCGUCAGACCUCGAGAGUGUGAAGAAAUUAAACUGCUGGGGCUGCAAUCUGACAGAUAUCUCUCUAUUUUUGGAAAUGCCUAACAUUGAGGUUCUCACACUGAGUGCUAAUAAAAUCUCAUCUCUGGAGCACAUAUCAUCAUGUCAGCGUCUCACUGAGCUGUAUUUGAGACGGAACAACAUUCCGAGUCUGUCAGAACUGAAGCACCUGAAGAAUUUGACCCGUUUAAAGGUUCUGUGGUUAGCGGAGAAUCCGUGCUGCGCUUCUGACCCGACCCAAUACCGUCUGACCGUCCUCAGAAAUCUGCCCGGACUGCACAAACUCGACAAUCAGGCGGUCACAGAGGAGGAACUCAUUCUAGCAUUUAAGGAAGGGGAGGAGCUUGUCACACCUCCAAGCUCCGCCCCUCUUAAGUCCACCAAUGGCCUCACAGAAGCAGACUCCGAGACUGACCCUCUCAAUUACAGCAUGGAGGAAACCAAUCAAAUUCGCGCUCAGCUGGGAAUGAAGCUGUUGCCCAGAGACAAGUUCCCAUCGCUGUCGUCCCUGCGGGAGCCUGGAGAAACAUCCAAGACAAAGAGUCACACACUGGAGGCGGUUCUUCUCCUGCUGCAGGAUCUGGACAUCAAUGAACUGAAGAUCGUUCAAUCGGUCGCUGAGAGCAAACUGAGAUCACGCAGUCGACAGAGAGACCGUCAGAAAUCUCCCAUCUGUAUGUAAAA